CGUGAACCAAACACAGACAUUUCCUCAUUGCUGCUGAUCAAGAUGGCAGCUCAGCAAGAAGGUGCAUGUGCCAAUUGAAUCUCAACAAGGAAACAGAUGGCGGUUGUUUUAUUAAAAAGUAUGGAUUUCAGCAAACAAAGACAGGCACGCAACAACAGAGGACAAACAUAUGUACACGGUAAGGGUUUAAGAACUUACAUGUUUGAAGAGUCAAAGCAUAUCGACUCCAAGGAGUCUGAGGUUCAUUUAGAAAACUAGUCACUUGGCUUCACCAUAUCAUGCAAAUAAUGCUUCAAUUUAUUAAAAUGAUACUGACCUAUUAAAAUAAUACACGCUGUUUAUAGUCUAUAAUAUAAUUUUGGAGGGCUAUGGUUCCUAUUGGACUGUAGCCUAAUUGGUCCUUUUGGACAGAUUGGUUUGCAUGUCCCAAACAACCCAUCCCCUUCUGCUGAGCUACCGUGGGCUGGCUAUAAGAGCUUACUCAAGCACUCACUGUUAACCAUCCGGCAACACCAUACUAUGAGGAUAUGUCAAAACACUUUUUUCCUAUUCGAGGGGGUAUUCCUAUGCAAGUUCUGACCCCAACGGCUGUCCAUGAGCACAUAUUAAACUGUAGGCUUAUUAUAUAAGGAAUACUACAUUCAUUGUAAUUGGGUUAAACUUUAGUUUAUAAUGGCUUUUACAAUGCUUCGGCCGGUGGCAACUCACCCCUUCUCCUCCUACCCUCCUGAUCUCAACAUGAUCUCGGACGACGAGGAGAACCGCAGCGAGAGCGACGGCAGCUCUGACCAGAGCUAUGAAUGCUGUGCCUCUUCAGAUAAGACUUGUCGGCAGCUUUCCCGCAUGGUGGGAGUCGGUGGGGUUGUUGUGGUCAAACAGCGCAACACAGCCAACGCCAGGGAGCGAGACCGGACCCAGAGCGUCAACACCGCAUUCACCGCGCUCCGGACACUCAUACCUACGGAGCCGGUGGACAGAAAGCUCUCCAAAAUUGAAACGCUCCGGUUGGCGUCCAGCUACAUCUCACACUUGGCCAACGUUCUGGUGCUUGGUGACGGGCGUGAGGAUGGGCAGCCGUGCCUGAGUGCAGUGUACCGCGCGCAAGGACAUGGAGAGAGGAAGCAACCCAGAACUAUCUGUACCUUUUGCUUGAGCAACCAGCGAAAAGGGGGGAAAGAUGGUCGGGGUUGUCUGAAAAUGCGUGGAGCCAGUGCACUACGAAUGAGCCGAAAAUAGACGGCUCUCAGACUUCAAGGAUUGUUGAAUUCAAGUCAGCACCUCAGGGAAAAAACUCUAGCUAACACUCCCACUGUACAUAUACCGACACAUAGGCCAGAAUGCCCUCCAACUUUGGGAAAAGACUGUCAAAAAGACGCGUUUCAGGAAUUUGUUUGUGUGAGAAAAGGCUACUCCUCUCUGCCGCAAUGCUGGUUAUGGAAAAUGUGAUUUUGGAGGAACAUUGUCAUAAAUGACACUUUAUUUGGUUGCCUUUUCAACACCAUUUUAAAUUUUGCUUUAAAAUUAUAUUUUUA